GUUUUACCGACUGCCAUCAACCCCAGAAACUUCCAGCAGCAGCAGGAUGGACGAUUUCUCGCUGACGAGCCCAGUGUGGGCUGAUGUGACACGUGUGCCGCAAGACGAUGGACCAAACCCGGCGGCCCCCAUUAGCUAUUCAAAGCACUUCCAAGAAGUGAUGGAUCUGUUCCGCGCGGUGCUCUUGCUGGACGAGCACAGCGAACGCACGUUAGUACUGUCCACGGCGGCCAUUGAGUGCAACGCCGCCAACUACACGGCUUGGCACUUUCGCAGAAAGGUGUUGGCGUCACUCAACGCUGACCUGUAUGACGAACUUGAAUUCACGAGGCAACAUGCGCUAGAAUCGCCCAAGAACUACCAGAUCUGGCACCACCGCCGCGAAAUUGUCGAACGGCUGCAGGACAGCUCGCUCGAGCUAGCGUUCGUCGGAGAAGCGUUGACGGACGACCAGAAGAACUACCACGCAUGGUCGUACCGCCAGUGGGUAGUCAAGCAUUUCUCGCUCUGGGAUGGCGAACUUGCCUUCGUCGACGAGAUGCUGCUGCUCGAUAUGCGCAACAACUCGGCGUGGAACCAUCGGUGGUUUGCCAUUCACCACAUGCACGCCCGUGACGUGCCCGCGGACAUCCGCGCUCGGGAAAUUCAAGUUGCCGUCUCGUAUAUUCGCCGCGCGCCGCACAACGAAAGUCCAUGGAACUACCUGCGCGGGUACCUCCGGUCGAGCCACGACAUCGACGUCGCACCGAUUCACCGCAUGGCCGAAGAAAUCUACGCCGAACACCCCACGACUUGCAUCUUUGCCGCGAAUCUCCUCGUGGAUCUGCAUGUGGCAGCGAGCACCCCCGACAGCCUCGACAAAGCCAAGGAGAUUUUGCACGCGCUCGCAGCCACGGAUCCGAUCCGAGCGCCGUACUGGACGCACCGCCUCGACCGACUCCCCGCCGUCCGCGUCGACGCACAUUAGGACUCGAGAAGGUGCUGUUGUUAUACACUCGAUGGAUGCCCUGUUGCCA